AUGUUGGAAGGAUGGUAUUGCCGAUCCAUCGCAAACAACAACGCAGAUGCAGAGGAUGAUGAUGAAGACAGCCCAGAGGAAGAGGCUCCAAAUUAUAAAGCUCAGUACAGAAGCCUCAAGCGCAAGCUCAAGUUUCUCAUCUAUGAAAAUGAAUGCUUCCAAGAAGCCCUAAGAUCCACGCAGAGAAAAUUGCUGAAGGUGAAUAGGGAUAAGAGCUUCUUGCUUGAUCGACUACUGCAAUAUGAAAAAGUUGACGCAUCUUUCAGUGAAAGUGAUGAAACCGAGUCAUCCGAUGAUGAAGCUUCUAGGCUAGAUAGUUCUAAAAGAAAAAAAAUUGAGCCCAAUGUUAACAAUCAUUCAUCUCAUCAUCAAUCUGGACCAGUGAAGCCACUCAAUACUAGCAAAAAGAAGAAAUCAGUACCAAAAGUACCCAAAGUGCAAAAUGUACCUUCGGUACAUUCAGCUCAUAAUAUGCUACCCGUAUCUCUGAUGUCUGAUGGCCAUAUGACACCAGAAGAGGUCGAGAGGCACUUGGAAUCCCGUCAGACAUACCUGGAAUUAGUCCCAGAAAAGGCACCACCCACUGUACCCACAGAAAUGUUCAGUAACGACCCUUCAUUGGACAGUGAAUCCAAUGAGGUUGGGGAACUAGAGACUUCUCCGAGCAAUAUGGGUGAGGACUGUCUCAGUGUGGACAUGCUGGCUGAAUAGUGAUUGUUCAUCACCUACGGUUUAUCCAUAAUUUAUAAGUUGCACAUUCAAUUCACACAGUUAUCUUUAUUUUAAUCAAAUAAUAAUUUAAUUGUAUCCAUUAUAAUAUAAAUGAAUAUGAAUUUUUAUACAUGA